CCGCCAUGGCCGUGCGGCAGCUGGAGGACAAGCUGACCUGCGCCAUCUGCCUGGGACUGUACCGGGACCCGACUACGCUGCCCUGUGGGCACAACUUCUGCGCGGGCUGCAUCCGGAACUGGUGGGACAGAUGCGAGAAGGAGUGCCCGGAGUGCCGCGAGCCCUUCCCCGACGGCGCCGAGCUGCGCCGCAACGUGGCCCUCAGCGGCGUGCUGGAGGUGGUGCGCGCCGGGCCCGCCACGGACCCGGGCCCUGGCCCUGACCCCGACCCCAGUGCGCGCUGCCCGCGCCAUGGGCGGCCGCUCGACCUUUUCUGCCGGACCGAGGGCCGCUGCGUGUGCAGCGCGUGCACCGUGCAAGAGUGUCGCCUCCAUGAGCGGGCGCUGCUGGACGCCGAGCGCCUCGAGCGCGAGGCCCAGCUGAGAACCAGGCUGGAAGUGACCCUGCAGCAGACCACCCAGACCCAGGCCCAGCUUCAGGAGGUACAGGAGCGAAGCAGACAGAUCCAGAGUUUGGCCUGCUCCCUGGCCUCCUCAGUCUCCAGCAAGUUCACCAGCUUGCAGCAGGCCCUGGAAAUACGGCGGGCUGCAGUGCUCAGGGACAUUGAGGUGGCCAAGACACGAGUGCUGGCACAGGCGCAGGAUGAGGAGCAGCGGCUGCAGGGCCACUUGGAGGCCCUGGCUCGCCAUGGCCACAGGAUCCGGGAACUCCUGGAGCAGGUGGAUGACAGGACCUUACUGCAGGAAUCACAGUUCCUGGAGCCCCCAGGGCCACUUGAGCCACUGACCUCUCUGCAGUGGGACGAAGACCAACAGCUAGGUGACCUGAAGGAGUUACUGAACCGUCUGUGUGGACUCCUCCUGGAAGAGGGGAGCCACCCCGGGGCCCCAACCAAGGCUGCAGACUUGGGCCCCAUGGAAGCCCCAGGGCCCCUGGCACUGGCACCAAGUACAGUGUGUCCACAGAGGAGGAAACUCUGGCAGAAUUAUCGCAAUCUCACCUUUGACCCAGACAGUGCGAACCGCCACUUCUACCUAUCCUGCCAGUACCGGCAGGUGAAGCACUGUCGCCAGCCUCGCGGCCCGGCCAGGCCAGGCUGCUUCGAGCUCUGGCAGGUGCAGUGUACUCAGCGUUUCCAGGUUGGGCGGCACUACUGGGAGGUGCGUGCCUCAGACCACUCAGUGACACUCGGUGUUGCCUACCCACACCUGAGACGCUGCAAGCUGGGGCCCCACACAGACAACAUCGGCCGUGGGCCCGCCUCCUGGGGGCUCUGUGUCAAGGAGGACAGCAUCCAGGCCUGGCACAAUGGGGAGGUCCAGCGCCUUCCAGGGGUGUCAGGACUACUCCUAGGUGUGGAUUUGGACCUAGCCUUGGGCUGCCUAACCUUCUACAGCCUGGAGCCCCAGGCCCAACACCUGUACACCUUCCAUGCCCUCUUCACCCAGCCCCUUAUCCCUGUCUUCUGGCUCCUGGAGGGUAGGACCCUCACCCUGUGCCAUCAGCCUGGGGCCACACUCCCACCAGGGCCCCAAGAAGAGGCCUCAGUUCUCAGCUGACGAAGACAUGGGCUGGAGCUCUGGUUUAGGGGCCAGAAUUUAUUGCCACUAUGCCUGUGUACCCAAGAGCUGCCCAGCCCUGGCCUGAGGACCAGAGGCCACAGCUCUAACGGGACCAGCUGUUGGCCUGUGUUGACUGAGAGAAAGGUAGUGGGAGUUGAGCAGAAACCCAGAGUUUACCUUCCCAGCUGCUUUGCGGGGAACAGGGCCUAAAAGAACAGGAAGCCCCCACCCCAAUGCUUAGUUCCACAUAUUGCCUGGGCCUUGGAAGCUGGUGCAACACUUCACAUGGGACUUCUGGCUUACAAGACAGACUGUGGGACGGUAAAUACCUAUCAGCCUGAACUUGCCUCCUGGGGUGAUGACACAGGCCAAUGGAGCAUUUAGGGGGUGGGGUGGGUGGACCAAGAAGGAUCCUGAGAGACAAUGAUA